AUGGGCGCGAGCAAGGAGCAGCUGCUGCAGCGGCUGGGCGAGUGGCGAACGAACGCCGACGUCGAGAUCAGAGCGCAGGACCUCCGGCUUCCGUGGCUCUCGGACGUGCCGAGCGUGCCGGGGAAGCACAACGCGCACUUCCUCGGCCUCGACAUGGUCGCCACCUGCAUGAACUCUCUCAGCCUCGAAGCACGGCAGCAAUUCGACCCCGCCGCUUUCAUACAGUUCGCGGACGUGCUCCGGAGCCGCGAGAACGUCCGCCCGAUGGUCCCCGAGCGCAACACGAGCUCCGCCGGCGUCGAGCGCGUCAUCGAGGGCCGUCUCGGCGGCGACGUCGCCGGCCCGGCCGAUCUCGCCCUCUCGGGAUUCCAGCUAUCGAAAGUGCGCAAAAUCGCCGACAUCAUCUACAAGCACGAGCACAAGAUCCCCCUCCCGCUCCUCCGCGCCAUGGUCGACCGCCUCGCGCCGUUCACGGACGAGAACGGCCGCUCCGUCGUCGACCGCCGCCGCCUGAAGGCCGCACGCAUCCCGGGGGGACUCUCCGCGGUGGCGCGGCAGCGCGGCGCCGGCGCGUCGGCGCGAGCGCCGGCGGGCGCGGCGCAGCGGGGCCAGACGUUCGCGGAGAGCCACGGGCUGCGGGCGACGACGUUCACGCCGGACCAGGCGUGGUGCGACGCGGCGAUGGGUCAGACGGGCGUGUACGGGCAGAUCAACAACUACGGCGCGGAGUUCUACGGGAACGGCUGGGGGUACUACUGA